UCGGCAUCCGCCACUUCCGCUCUGUCCAGCCCAGCAGCAGUUCUCAGCCCAGUCCUCCACACACUCCACAUCACAACACCACCCCUGCACAGCUGCUGCUUCACCACGUCGUGCCGGAAAAGUUUAUCUAGAAAAAAAAAAAAGAAGAAGUUUGUAGGUUAGCUUGUCACCUGCCGUGCUUAACGCAAAGCCGGGUAUUGAUUUAAGGUCUGUUGGGUUAGCUAACUGCUUGUUAGCUAGCAUGCUGCUGUCUCAACACAUCAGACAACUCUCGGAUUAAUUUGAUAUCGUCAUGACCGAGAUAAGAUGCCGGAAAACGGAGACUACUUCUGAGGGAGAUAAAGAAGAAGAUGAGCGCCAGAAUGAGCCUGAGCUGCACACUACGCAUAUUAAUGGGCCGGUGAACACAGAGGAUGAGGAGAGUGUGUCCACUGGUGAAGCAGAGGACAAGCAGCAGAAAGAUGAGGCUGAAGUUAAAGAAGAGGAUGCUCAACAUAAACAGGAAGCAUCAAACACAGCUGAGUCAACUGUCAGAAGGUCCAAGAUGUCUUCUGCGUCAGGUUUUCUGCAGUGCCUGGUGAGGGUGUUCUUCGGAUGUUUGGCAGCAGUUGCUUGUGGCAUGCUUUAUGCUGUUUAUCUGUCAACGUAUCAUGACAGGAAGUUCUGGUUUUCAACUAGGCAGGAGUUGGAGCGUGAAAUCACUUUCCAAGAAGGCAGCGGACUCUAUUAUUACUACUACAAGCACAUGCUGACGGCCCCGUCGUUUGAAAGAGGGUUGUACGAGCUGACGAUAGACAACAAGACUGUUUCAGGUGAAACCAUCAACAUAGUGGAACGCCUGUCUCUGUAUCCAGAGCUCAUCACGAGCUUCGUAUACAGAAUCACAAGCAGCCAGGAUGUUGUGGAGCCAAUCUACUUCUACAUCGGAGCCGUCUUCGGCCUGCAGGCUGUCUACGUCACUGCUCUGUUUGUGUGUAGCUGGGUGAUGAGCGGCACCUGGGUGGCUGGCAUGUUGGCGGUGGCCUGGUAUGUGAUUAACAGACCAGACACAACCAAAGUGGACCACGCCAUCCCUCUGCGGGACAACUGGGCUCUGCCUUACUUCUCUUGCCAGGUUGCAGCUUUGACUGGAUUCUUGAGUAAUAAAAUCAGCUCUGCCACUGAGAUGUUUUGCUAUCUUACCAUGAGUGCCACCACCGUCACCUUCCUCCUGGUGUGGGAACACAGCCACUACGUGCUCUUCAUCCAAGGCCUCUGUCUUUUCCUGCUUGACUCCUUUGACCUGGUGCCGCCACGUAAGAUGGCUGAUAUUCACAAGGUGUACCUCAGUUCCUUGUUCCUCGCCUACCUGUUCCAGUUUCAGAACCCGGCGCUGCUCAGCUCGCCUCUGCUCUGCCUCCUGAUUGGCUCAGUGCUCGCGAGGUACUUCCAGCAAAAGAUGAAGAUGGGACCUCUUGUGGCCAGAGUUCUGAAGCUCUUCCUACAUUUCCACCUGGUCUUCACCACAGGGAUCACCUUCAGUUAUCUGGUCAAGAAACUGAUACCUGUGAGUGAAAGUGACUUCAUAUUGAAGUUCCUUGAAGUAAAAUUCGGGCUCAACACAACAACCGACUUUGUCACCAACUUCCUCCUGUGCCAAGAGAGUUUCCAGGCACCCGGUCAGGACUUAUUUCUUCGACUGACGCAGGCAUCAGUCCUUCCUUUCUAUUUCCUGGUGCUCGCUGUCUGCCUGCUGUCCACCCUGCAGACCAUUUACAGAAGACUCAGUGGUCAACCAAUGACAACCAACCUCAGACUUGAAGAUGGACGAAUAGGAGAGCAGCCGGAGGUCAUCUAUCAUGUUUUUCACACGCUGCUGUUUGGAGGCCUGGCUCUGCUGUUCGAUGGGAUGAAGUAUUUAUGGACCCCGUACGUCUGCAUGUUCACAGCGUUCGGCGUGUGUUCUCCGGACCUCUGGAUGACUGUGUUCAAGUGGCUUAAACUGAAGUCCAUCCAUCCUGUUGUUCUGUCUCUGAUCCUGAGCACUGCAGUUCCCACCAUCAUUGGUUUCAGUUUGUGGCGAGAGUACUGCCCUCGUGUCUUAGCUGAGUUGUCAGAUCUGCCGGAGUUCUACGACCCAGAUACAGUCGAGCUGAUCAGCUGGAUCAGGUCACAGGCUCCAGUGGCAGCUGUCUUUGCAGGCAGCCCUCAGCUGUUAGGAAUGGUGAAGUUGUGUUCAGGUGCAGCAGUUACCAGUUUACCACUUUACUCAGACAUUAACCUGCUGAGGAGGACUGAAGAUACUUACCAAGUGUAUGCAAUGAGGUCUGCGGAGGACGUCUAUAAGAUUCUGACCUCUCAGAAGACAAACUAUGUGAUCAUCGAGGAGUCAAUCUGUAACGAGCUUUCUCUCAAUAAAGGCUGUCGGAUCAAAGACCUGCUCGACAUCGCUAAUGGACAUGUUGUUUAUGACAAAGGAGAGAUUUACUCUUUCUCCAAGCACGGAAGAUUCUGCCAGGAGAUUAAGUUGAACUACUCGCCAUACACAAACUACUUCACUCGAGUUUUCUGGAACCGCUCGUAUCACGUCUACAAAGUGAACUCUGUCAUAUCUUUCCAGUACUGACGGCAGCGUCUGCCUCUCUGCUGAGACUCGGCUCCAGUGUUUCAUGUCAUAUCUGAAAUGUAACACAGAGGACUACUGUGUGAUUCUGCAGUUAGUGCUCAGAGAAACGUCUCCUCACAUCCUGGUGUCAAUGCAAAUUCAAACCAACUGGGAUCAACUGAGCUGCACAUCGUUCUUUUUUUGUCCGACAGGUUGUUUGAUAAACAUGAAAGGACCAUGCCGGAGUUGCAAUACGCCAUAUUGAUCACUGUACUGUAGUUUUUUAAGCUGUGCGUUACCCUUACUGUGAUGCAUUUAAUGAAUGGAGAGGUUGAUGUGUGUGUGGUCUGCGUGUCACUUUGUACAGCUUGAACAGCUGAGAUUUACUUAGCCUCAUUAUUUUAAAAUAGUGCUGCAAGUAACGAUCAAUCUGUUGAUAUUUCCUGAUUAAUUGAGUAGUUGCUUGGUUGAAAAAUGUCGAUCAGUGUUUCCCACAACACAAGCUGUCGUCCUCAAAUGAAUUAUUUUGUCCUCAACCCAAAGAUAACCAGUUUACUGUCAUAGAGGAGAAAAGAAACCAGAAAAUAUACACAUGUAUAAAGGUGGAAUAAGAGAAUUUUUACUUUAAAUUACUCAAAUUAAUUAUUAAAAUAGUUGCCCUUUGGUUUAAUGGUUGACAACUAAUCAAUUACUCAUUACAGCUCUAUUAUCAGACAACAAAUGUUGUCAUAUUUUUGGUCAUGCUUGCAGAGGCGGCUCUGUAGUUCCUCCACUUUGGUCCAAACUCAAAUAUCUCAACAACUGUUGGAUGUAUUGUUGCUGUCUUUAGCACAGAUGUUAAUGGUGCCCAGAGGUUUAAUCACAAUGAUCCCGGUGUUCCUCUGGCUUGUACUGUCGCUCCACCAGCAGGUCAAAGUUCUCACUCACUCUGUGAAAUAUCUCUACAUCUACCCGACAGUUUGGUAAAAACUAUGGCAUGGACAGUCAUGGUUCCCAGAGGAUGAAGCACAAUAACUUCUGUGAUGCCCUGACUGUUACUCUAACUUUAAAUCUUACACACAUUCACGUCCCAUUCAGGUUUAAUAUAUAAUGAUGUUGGUGUGAUUCCUCAACAUCACAUCCAGUGCCAUCAUUGGGCCAAAUUUUAGUUCUGAGCACCACUCAUCAAUAUCUGUACAACUGCUGAUAUUCCCAUCAGCCUCAGUUGUACUUUUGGGUUUUGUGCUCAUUAGGAAGUGUUAGCAUGCUAACAGGCUAAACUGAGAUGUCAACAUCUGCUAGUUAAGCAAAUCGUGAUGAUGUCUGCAUGCUAAUAUCAAAGUUUUAGUAAUUGAUGAGUUAACGAAAUGUUUUUAUUUUAUUUUUUAAAAUGCUCGUUACAUUUUUCCAGAGCCUAAAGUGACGUCUGUAGACAGUCCAAAACCAAAAGCAUAGUUGUUUAUUAUCAUGAAUGAAUCAGAAUGUAAGCACAUUUUUGACAUUUUUGCUUGUAAAAAAUAACACAUGACAGUAGAAACUACAUCUUUGAAUUUUGCGACUCUACUGAGAACUUUGUCUUUCUCAGCUGUAAACAGUAUUGGAGGCUUGUUCUGAAGCUGCUUGUCUCUGUUGCAUAUCUUCAUCCUCUUCGUCUGGAAACCUUUAUUUUGAGACGUGAGAACUGACUGUCUUCUCUUUAUCAGUCAGACUAGCUAGACAUCCCGUCCACUGGUUGUUACCUUCAAGUAUUUGGUGGUGAAUUCUUUCUGGUGCUAUUAUGCAAAUCUCACCAAUAACUCCCUCUACAAAGGCCCUAUAGAGAAUAGGUUUUAUUGAAUUACUACGUAAAUUAAAAGUAUGUAUGAGUUGA